GGUGUAUCAUCUAAUCAACCGUCAGAUUAAAACAAACCCAGAUUGAUUGAUUCUACUGAAAAAUUCGUCAGAAGCGGUUUGAGAAAAUGGCCGAACACGGUAAGACUCAAGCUGAUGAAGAAGAAGAACAACAAGUAUGGAGCUGGGGCGCUGGUACGGACGGACAAUUAGGUACGGCUAAGCUGCAAGACGAGCUUCUCCCGCAGCUUCUCUCUCUGACGUCACUUCCUUCCAUAUCUAUGCUCGCUUGUGGCGGCGCUCACGUCAUCGCUUUGACUUCUGAUGGUAAGGUCUUCACAUGGGGAAGAGGAAGCUCUGGUCAGUUAGGACAUGGAGACAUCCUCAACAUUACUUUGCCAAAGCUUGUAUCUUUCUUUGACGGCUAUGUUAUUACUCAAGCUGCAGCUGGAUGGAGUCAUUCUGGUUUUGUUUCAGAUUCCGGUUGCCUUUUUACAUGUGGUAAUGGUUCAUUUGGUCAGCUUGGUCAUGGUGAUAACACAUCAUUAAGCACUCCAGCUAAAGUCUCUUACUUUAGCAAUGAGAGUGUGAAGAUGGUAGCUUGCGGUAUGCGCCACUCACUUGUCUUGUUAGCAGGGAAUCAAGUGUGUGGAUUUGGAUCUGGAAAACGUGGACAGUUAGGUUUCACAUCAGACGGAACAAAAUCAGUAAAUCUUCCAUGUGUUGUCUCUGGAUUAAAAGAUGUUGAGGUUACUCGUAUAUCAGCUAAUGGAGAUCAUAGUGCAGCUAUAUCCGCUGAUGGACAGUUCUUCAGUUGGGGAAGAGGAUUCUGUGCUGGCCCUGAUGUUUAUGCCCCUCAGUGUUUGCCUUCAUCUCUAUCUUUCAGAGAAGUUGCUGUAGGAUGGAAUCAUGCUUUACUACUAACCGUCGAUGGCGAGGUUUUCAAGCUUGGUAACACCCUUAAUAAACAACCUGAGAAGCAACAACUGCAAAUAGAUUCCUCUGAAGCUCUCUUGGCGAAAGUUUCGGAUUUUGAUGGAGUUAAAGUUCUGCAAAUUGCAGCAGGAGCAGAGCAUUCUGCUGCCGUAACAGAGAAUGGAGAAGUUAAAACAUGGGGAUGGGGUGAACAUGGUCAGCUAGGCCUUGGAAAUACCAAUGAUCAGACCAGUCCUCAAUUGGUGAGCCUAGGAAGUAUAGACCUGCGAACGAAAGAGAUCAAAGUAUAUUGCGGAAGUGGAUUUACUUAUGCAGUAAGGCGAAAACAAGGGCUUUCUUCGUCACCAACCUCUUCAUAGACAUGGAUAUAUGACAUCUUAUGUGUAGAAUUGUACAAUGCAAGAAGCCAAUUGUUUACAUGACUCUUGUAAGAGGACCACAGUGGUCGUAUUAGUACAAUAUACAGAUCUUUCUUAC